GAGCAGCGAAGAUCUAUCAAGCGAUUAAAUGCUAUCAAGGAAUUAAUGGAAACUGAAGAAACAUACAGCCGUGAUCUGGGUAUUCUCUGUACACACUUUUUUGCUAUUAUAAAAGAAGCAACAUGUAUCACACAGGAAGAGGGUGAUAUUUUGGUGCGCAAUGCAAUGGAAAUUCUGUCUUUUCAAGAGAAAUUUACUGAGGCUUUGAUUGAUGCUCAUGGGGACGACGAAGUAGAGAGGAAUGGAAUAUUUUAUAAAGGAAAUCUAAAGAAUAUCGCCUCUUGCUUUGUCGAAUGGGGUCCAAGGUUUGAAAUUUAUCUCGACUAUUGCGUGCGACAGGAUCAUGCAGUGUCGGUUUAUAACGAGCUGUUACAAACAAAUCUUGAAUUUACAGAUCUAAUUGAAAGACUCCAUACAUUUCAUCGUGUGUCAUUUGGAUUUAGUCGCCUUAAAUUUGAUGAUUAUUUAAUCAUUCCGUUUCAAAGAAUAUUUCGAUAUAGGCUACUAUUGCAAAGCAUCACCAAGGCUACCCAAAAGGACUCUGAAGAAUAUGAAAUUCUUUCUAAAGCUCAAAAUACAAUACAUGUUAUUGCCACUCGAAUCAACAAUGAAAAAUCAAAGAUGGAAGCGAAGAGAAAGACUUCUCUAUUUUUGUCCCGAUUGGAUUCAGACUGGUGUUUACCGAAAAGAUGGUUCAAUACACUUGGCGUUUGUAAUUUAAUUGGCACAUUAGAAGUCAGAUGCAUUGAAGAUAACAAAGCAAAACGAAUUGGAUGUGCUCUAUUUAAUCAUUAUAUGAUCAUGGCGAAGGCUAAGAAACAUAAAUUAUAUGAGCCUAGACAUUGGUUCCCUCUACGCAAAUUUGAAAUUGAAAAUUUACCAAAUACAGAAGGCUCAAUGACAUAUUCAUGGUUGUUGCAUGGUGAUGAACAUACUCUUGAGCUAAGCGCGAUAUGUGAGCUAGAAAAACAUAUAUGGAUGGAAUCGCUAACCAAAGCAAUCCAAGAAUCAAAAGAGCUGUAUUCAAAUAGUGUUGAUUCUAAUGAUUAUUUAUUGGAGCAAUUGUUCGUAUCUAGUUUUGAUCAACACACACAGCCCAAAAACAAUAUGGACAAAUCAGUUGAAGUAGAAUCCCCAAUUCAUUUCCCGAUGCCAAGUGGCUCCACAAGCUUUUCCCAAUCCGCCAUAUUUAACAAACCUGCAAAAUCUAAUAAUCGUUCAUCGCAACCCGUAUUUGGUACUCGAGAGUUCUCAGUCAUCGACUCUGCAUUAUCCCAAACUGCAUUUAAUACCGGAGCACAAUCUCCCGGACUUAGGUCACAAUCAAGUAUCAGCGAUCUUCGUGAGUUUUUUUCCAAUAGUAUGUCAGAGAAAUGGUCUCAGCGAAAAUUCAAUCAAUACCACACCCGGUGUAAGUCCGUAGAUACCAAGUUUGAUGAUGUUUGCACCACACCUAUUUUGACUGCUCGUGCUAAUAGUAUGAACCGAAAUGGGUCUACAACGCGAAGAAAAAUCGGAGCAAUCUCCAACGGCAAUGGGAAUUCCUCUGUAGUCUCACUCGUGAAAUCUAUGGUUGUUGAUUCGACUGUAGGAUCCCCUAUAAUCAAUUCGCCAUCUCCUCAUGAUAAUUCAAGUCCCAUUUAUGGAAAUUUGAAUGGUAGAAGACCCUCAGUUGGUACCCCAAAUACAGACUCCAUAAUAUUUAGAUUAGCCCAAAGAAAUUCGUAUCUGCAUCGGUCAAGCUCUGUAAAUUCUUCCGCAGAUGCUACUUCAGCAACAGUGCCUGCUGCUGUUACAGCAACAUCUUCUACAAAUGCAAUAUCAACAACAGCUGGUCUGUUGCCUCCAUCUAACAGUGUACACAGUCUUUCUAAUCGCCCAACCAAAUUCUUUGAAAGAAUGGUGGAAAAGCUGGGUCAGAUGGGCACGCCGGGAAAAUCAAGACGAAAUAACAUGAUGAGUUCUGUACCCUCCCUCGUUAAUUCGUCAAGCUCUUCCUUAUCAUCAAAACCUCCUACAUUACUUGGGAAUGAUAGUAACCCAAAACUUUCAGAGGACACUCCAACAACUAGCUCAAAAAAGAAGUUUUUCCCCCAUUUUCUUCAGCCCCGUCAUAACCUCAAAAAAUAAACAGAGUAUUUUGCCAUAUUCUGGAAGGCUUCUUUUUUACAUGUGUUGUAUAUAUCAACAACCAAAUUAAGAAAUAUAUAUUUGUCCCAGCUAAUCCUAUUAUGGUUAAAUAAAAGUUUGAUACAU